AUGCUUCCACCGAUCCCCAGGGUCGAAGACUAUGGUAUCUCCCCAGAAAGAGGCUUCCUCCCUUCAGAGCUGCCGCUGCAUUGCCUGCCGCAUCCUGUCUACGACCGCUGGGAGCGGAUCAUAAACAACUUCCAGUCGUUGUUGCUGUCAAAAAGAUUAAGAGCUGUCAUCGAUAAAUUGCCCGUCAUCCCCGCAGUCCAUCUGGAAACCGAGGCCGAGUGGCGCAGAGCAUAUAGUGUUUUGACAUUUUUGGCGCAUGGCUACAUUUGGGGCGGGGACAAACCUUCAGAGCGAUUGCCGCCGUCCAUCACCUACCCUCUCCUUCAAGUCUGCGAAUACCUAGACCUUCCUCCAGUUGCCACCUACGCCGGGCUGGUCUUGUGGAACUGGAAACCGCUCUUCCUUUCCGACAAUCUCGUGUUAGAAAAUCUUUCCACUUUGAUCACCUUCACAGGUUCGCUGGACGAACAAUGGUUCUAUCUGGUCAGUGUGGCCAUGGAGGCAAAAGCAGGUCCUUCUAUACCCUUGAUGCUGAAGGCGAUGCAAGCUGCCCGAGACAAUGAUGUGGCAACAGUUACAAAGUGUCUCCAAUCAGUUGCUCAAAUGCUGGACGAACUGGGGACGCUGCUGGUGAGGAUGUAUGACAGUUGCGAUCCCCACGUUUUCUAUAACCGCAUAAGACCUUUUCUGGCAGGAAGCAAAAACAUGAAAGACGCCGGUCUCCCGCACGGCGUCUUUUACGACGAUGGCAGCAAGCAGUCAAGGUGGCGGCACUAUGGCGGUGGUUCCAACGCGCAGAGCAGCAUGAUCCAAUUUUUCGACAUUGUGCUCGGGGUCGAGCACAGGCCUACUGGGUCCAAAAAGGAUGAGACCUCGGAAUCGGAGGCCGAGCCUGGAGCCGCCCCAAAGCCCCGACACAACUUCAUUCACGAGAUGAGACAGUACAUGCCUGGCCCUCAUCGAAAGUUCUUGCAAGCAGUGGAAGGCGCGGCCAAUAUUCGAGAUUUUGUCGAAUACAACAGAUCAAAUCAACAGUUGACGGUAUCAUAUGACGCAUGUCUCGCCAUGCUUCGAGCUCUUCGAGACAAGCAUAUCCAGAUGGUCUCGAGGUACAUCAUCGUCAAGAGCCGGGAAUCGAGAAGCAUGUCGAGGACACGCAGAGAGAGCAGUCCUGAGCCAGUCAAUCGGGGUGGCUCCGGAAUUGCUUCGAUCCGCUAUGGCCGACCCGAUGAAGCGGGUACUGCGCAGAAAAAGAAGAAGAUGCGUGGGACUGGUGGUACUGCAUUGAUCCCAUUCCUGAAGCAAGCGAGGGACGAGACUGGCGAGCCAGCAAUCGAUGCCUGGGCCCGCAAACUUCUCAUGGGAGGUCGUCGCACGGAAGCCGACGCCGAGAUUGCCUCUGAGGAUAGAAUCACUCGCGCCGAGAAUCUGGAUGCAGAUGAACCGCAGAUUGUGGGGAUGGCUGGUGCUUGGGAUCUGGAGGACGCAGGCGGUGGUCUUUGCGCCUAUUGA